CGUCGGUCUAGCGACAACAGCGGCAACAUGUUCAGUCAGAACACGCGGUAACGACGUCGCGAGAGGAGUCACGGCCAAGCGUCCCAUCGGAUCGGUUACAGUGCCGUUUGCCUCCAGUCGUAUUCCCCACUUCGGAUCGCGCGUCGACCGUCCAAGGUCGAUUCUACUCGGUAAUACAGCGAGAUAUCUCGGCAGACUCGCCAAUGCCGUCGCUGAGGAUCUUUCGCAUCGAAUUCGACCGGUCGAGCGCUACUUACGCGCCCGGUGAGAUCGUCACCGGCGACGUCACCUUCGACCUGGCUAGGGAAAAGACAAUCCGAGCGCUGAAAUUGUCAAUUAAGGGAGAAGCUAAUGUUAACUGGGAGAGAAGAAGGACUACCAAGGAUUCCCAAGGACACAAUCGCACCCACAUUGAUCAUUUCCGAGCAAGCGAGCAGUAUUUUAACCUGACUUAUUACCUACUAGGAAAUACAGGAGGCAAUGGAGAGGUGCGGUUGUCAGCAGGGUUUCAUAGAUACUUUUUUAAUUUCUCACUGCCCAAUAAUAUACCGUGCAGCUUCGAGCACGCGAACGGUCACAUCAGGUACACGAUGAAGGCCGUUAUCGACAGACCAUGGAGAUUCGAUCACGAGUGCAAAAUUGCGUUCACCGUAGUCGCAUCUUACGAUUUAAACGCUCGUAGUCAUCUGUGUCUCGGCGUGGACGACGAAGUGGUCGAAAGUAAUUUCUGUUGUCUCUGCUGUUUCAACUUGGGUACGAUGAAAGCACGUAUCAGAAUACCGACGAGGGGCUUUGUGCCGGGACAAUCGAUAGAGACUACGGUCAACCUCGAUAACACCAGCAGAGUCAAUGUGACGAAGAUCUGUGCCAAAUUGGAACGGACUUUGGAUUUCCAUGCGAGAUCACCGUACUCUGUCACCAAGACGGAUAAGGCGCUCGUAAAAGCCGAGCAAACUCAGAGACCACUCAUCCAACAAGGCGGUAUAGUAUUAUUACAAUUACGGGUUCCACCAAUACCGCCAUCCCAAUUGGAAAACUGCAGUAUAAUAGACCAGAAAUAUACUCUACGCGUUACAAUUCAUGUCGCUGGAAUGCAUUGCAGCAAAACUAAGACUUAUCCGAUCUUGAUCGGAACAAUUCCAUUACGCUCUACUAUUCCAUCUGCAUCUUAUAUGCCAGAACCUACAGCUGCUAUUAUGCAGCAGCCUACAGCUCCUGUAAUACCUGACGAUUAUGAUCCACCGCCGCCCAUGCCGACGUCCCCAGAUUACGAACCACCAAAUACGCCUUAUCCUCAAGCGAUAGGUUUUGGCUCUCCAGGCACGUCGACUAACCCAUGGGAUAUACCACCGCCGUCAUAUGAAGAAUGUAUGCAAAGAGCGGAUAGUAUCAAAGAUGAUGACGAGUCAAAUUACGUACACGGUGCCAACGAACCCUUUGCACCAAGAUACCCGGUCUUUAAUUUCCCAACGUCUGCACCAUUGAGACGUUAGAAUGUUUUAAGAAAGAUGGAGGAACAGAAUCCGCAAGAAGGAAUACACAAGGAGCAAUAAAAAUAGUUAUGCCAAAAAAAUGGCAUAUUUACACAAUUUAUUUUAUAUCUCAACAUCAUAUCAUAAUCAUCAUCGAGUCGUAUAAUAGCAAAAGUAACGUUAAUAAGGAGUUCUCAAAGAGGUUUCGAAUUUCAGCUAGAACGGCAGGGAGGAACGAAAUGGAAAAAGGAAAGACGAGUAGGGAGAGAGGGAAGAGAGAUUCAUCCCGAUAACUUGUGCAAGCGGUUUGAAAUCGUGAAUUUGGAGUCGUGAAUGUGAAGAGUGCAAUAUAUGGAAGUCGGAGAUGGAGCGAGAAGCGUAACGGAAAGUGGGGCUACGUAACGUGAAUUUAGCGCGAACGGUCACUUCUAUAUGAGAUUUUCUAUUCUACAAUAAUUGUAUUCCAAAUUUACAGCAUAGCAAAUGUACAUGAUACUAUUAUUCACAUUCAGCCACCAAAUGCCCGGUAAACAACAUAUCAUUGUAGGAACUGAACCCAUCCAUUUCGACGCUUUUAACACUGCCUUAAAUACUGAGAUUAAACGUCGGGGGUAUUACGCGAUAUUGCUAUCGGAUAACUGCGAAAGAUGAAACCUUGAGAUGGUGGAUAUGCAA